AUGGCAAAUCCAGAUUUAAUCGUUUCGGAAAUGCUUUGGAUUUUAAAUGACAAUUUGUUAAAUCUCGAAAGUGAAAAUUUAAAACAUUUUCUAACAAAUAAUUUCUCGCACGAGGAAAAAAUUUUACUAUCAGAAUUAGAAAUUCUAAAAUUAGAUAAGCCUAAACUAUCCACCCGUGGAAAUACCAAACUGGACAAGGUCAACGAAAUUAUUGACGUUUUCAAAUAUCUGAUGGAUAAUAAGUUAAUUGAUAAAAUUGCUACUUUCGUUAUUCUAAAUAUUAAAAAGGUACUUGCUCACUCAGUUGACAGCAUUUCCGAAGUUGUUAAUAGAAAAAUUAAUUCAGUUCUCGACCGUCUGGAUUACUUGGGAAAAUUAGUAAUUUCCAACUGCGAAAAUACUGCACAAACUUUUGCUUCAAUAAAAGAUUUGAAAACUUCCAGGGUGCCAUAUUCCCAAGCUGUCCACUCUGGGCUCCUUCUAGCUCACAGCUCAACAGUCCCAAAAAGUACGUCUUUUUUUUUGAAAAAUAAUAUAAACAAUGUUGACACAGAUAAAAAAGCUGGUUUUAAUGAUGACAUGGUGAAAAAUGAUAAUAUGUGGGCAGAUUCCAUCCCAAGUCCUAAUGGAAAUGUUGAAAAUCCAUUCACACUAGUGUCUAGGUCUAGUGUGAAUGGAAUAGUGUGA